GUUUUGCUUCAGCACCAUCGGUAUUGUGUUGCGUAUGUGUGCUGCACGGUAGAGGGUGUGCCUGCCUUCAAGGGAUGGUGUGCAUCUGCAUACCGUCAGUCUGUUGCAUCGCAUCAAUACCAGCUGUUGUAAGUGUGCAGAUUGCCUUCGGCAGAAAGGGUUCUUGCUUUAAUCCAACACACUUCUUAUGCUGCAAGUAAUACCAAACCCAAUCAAGAGGAAAAGCAAGUAAUAAACAUGUGAAGACCUAGAAACGUGAAACAAUUGUGUCAAUCUGCCAGACAUCACGUUUUAAUAAAAACAAAGCGUAACAAGAAACAAGACACGCACACAAGGGGCAUGCAAAAAAAAAGAACAAUAUUGUUAUCACUUAUCGGCUCAUUUGUGUCCCCUUUUGUUCGCAGAACAACGAUCGCGCAGCGGAUCGGAACGAAACGACCGUGACAGAGCCAUCUCACCUCCACGAGAGAGAGAGAGAAAGAGAGGGUGAAAAAAGGUGGACCCAAGAGCCGGAGGAGAGAAAGUGGAUUGCGAGUCGCGCCGUUGUAGUGGUGUGGUACAACGAACGGGUGCCUCUUUCACCGUACCCUGUUUGAGUCACUAUUUCCGGUUACGGUUUUCGCAAGCGAAAACUUCACUUUCACAUUGCCUGAGUGCCACGCUGUGCUGGGUCGUGCCCGAUCAUAGGACCCCCCCGCCACCCUGCGAUCAAUUACACCGAACAUCCAUCAACCUGCAAACCUGAACGGUCAAACGCAGCAACUACAAGCUGCAGUGCAUCUGAUGCUUUUUGGUGACUUCGGUUUAAGUUGCAAAAGUAAACCCCCGGGGGGUUGCGUACGAUGGCACAGUGUAAGAUCGACUUCGGUGAAUGUUUGAAAGAUUCACCCAAGUUUAGGUUACGGCUGGAGCAGGAAGAGACAGAAAUCGAACAUCUUGAGUCGCGGUUGGAGAAAAUCAUCAAAGCAUGCAGUGCGGCUGUCGACAGCGGCAAGGAGUACAUCCGGCACCAAAGCACAUUCGCCACCUCACUCUGGGAUCUCCAGAAACACUUUCAGGACAGCAAAAACUCGACGAACGCGCUGGCACAGCUGAUACAGCUGCUGCAGGAGAUGAACAUGUUCCAUACGACGCUGCUCGAUCAAGCAAACCGUACGGUGCUGAAGAAUUUAACCGGCUUUCUGAAGCGCGACAUACGGGAGGUGAAGGAAUACCGACAAAUCUUUACCAAAGUGUCGGAGAAUCUGGAUGCGGCCGUGUACAAAAACUCGCAGGUUAGCCGCAACCGGCCGGCCGAUGUGCUCGAGGCGGAAAAUGUGCUAUCCGCGUCAAAAUCGUGCUUCAACCAUACGGCGCUCGACUACGUCAACUACAUUACGCUGCUGCAGAACCGGAAACGGCACGAAAUAUUGGGUACGCUGUUGAGCUAUCUGAAGGCAUGCAGCACGUACUUCCACCAGGGGUCCGAUCUGUGCGAAGACUACGGCACAUUCUUCAAGGGUUUGGAUGACGAGAUUGGUUUGAUGCGUUCCGAGUACGGUGUGCUGGACAAGCAGAUGCAAAACCGGCACACGUGCGUUAACGAUCCACGGCCGGAGCAGCAAGAAGCGUGCGAAGAAUCAACCAGUGCUAGUGAUGGCGGUGCUACCGGUGGAGAUGGUGGUGGAGGCGGUAGUGAUGGUGGUGGUGGACGUUUUCCAAACUACAUGGAAGGCUACCUGUUUAAGCGUACCUCGAACGCGUUCAAAACGUGGAACAGGCGAUGGUUCUGCAUGCGGGACAAUCAACUGUUCUACCGCAAGCGCACCGGGGAAGAGUUGCCCACAGUGAUGGAGGAAGAUCUGCGUCUCUGCACCGUGCGUCCGCUUGCCGAUUCAGACCGGCGCUACUGUUUUGAAGUUAUCUCACCGGCCAAGUCACACAUACUACAGGCAGAUUCGGAAGCGAUGAUGAAUGCGUGGAUAAAAGCCCUGCAGAAGGGUAUCGAUUCAGCCAUCCAGCACAACAGUGCGUAUAGUAGUGAUAUGCGGGGCGUCGCAGGUGGUGGUGGAGCAGGAAAUUCGGGUGCAGGCAGAGGACCGGGCGGCAGUACAUCGGCGGGUGAUGGAAACCGUGCCGGUGAUUCGAGGAUGGACUCAAGCGGGAACAAACAGCGCAGUGGUACGGGCCGUGGUUCCGAGGGUACUCGUAAGGGCUACAAAAAAAUUAACUGGACGCAGAUGCUAAAAAUUCCGGGUAAUUCGCGGUGUGCCGACUGUGGCAAUGCGGAUCCACGCUGGGCAUCGAUCAAUCUCGGCAUCACGCUUUGCAUUGCUUGCUCGGGUGUGCACCGUAGUCUCGGCGUGCAUUACAGCAAGGUGCGGUCGCUAACGUUGGACGUGUGGGAACCGGAGAUACUGCGCGUAAUGAUCGAACUUGGCAACGAUGUGAUUAAUCGGGUGUACGAGGGCAACAAGACCCGGUUGGCGCGGUUCGAUCGUGCAACGGAUAAUUGUGAGAUAGCGGUGCGUGAAGCAUGGAUACGGGCGAAGUACAUCGAUCGGCAGUUUGUGGUGCCGUUGGGUGGUGGUAGCGGUACCGGUCCGGAUGAUAGUAGCACCUCGUCAUCGACGCUCUCGUUCAAGAGCCUCGGUGCGGAUAGCUCCAAGUUUCCGGAAAAGUGGAGCAUCAAGAAGCUGCGCCGGCGUAGCUAUCGGCAGCUGUUGCGGCGCCCAAAUCAAUCGAAGGAACAGCAAUCGGAUGCAGCGGGUUCGCAACCGAUCACCAAUCUCGAUGAUGACGAUGAGGAUGAAGAUCGCGAAGCGGAAGACGUAGACGACGAAGAGCGAAUGGGUAGCCGCUCGAAGGGUUGUCCGGAUGCGGACGAAAAGGAUGUGUUAACGCACGUGCCGAAACAGUUUGCGGAUAUUUUGCUGAUCGGUGAAAAUAUUUUGACGGACGAUCAUAACCUGCCGGAUGAGGAUUUGUUGUUGCUUAACUCGGACCAGGAAUCGACCAGCGGCGAGGAAGAUAAUGCGAUCAUGGAGUGCGAGGAGUUGGAGCGUCUGUCGCCCAACUAUUUGCUGUACAAGGCGGCCAGCGGUCACAAUCUGCCGGUGAUGAGUCAAGCCCUCGCGCUCGGGGCGGAAAAAAGCUGGCCCAAUGUGCACGACGCCGAUCGCACACCGUUGCAUGCCGCCAUCUUGUCUGGUUCGGUGAUGUCGUGCGAAUUUCUGCUGCUGAACGGUGCCGCCAUUAAUGCGAUCGAUCGGUACGGGCGCACACCGUUACAUCUGGCUGCGGAGCAGGGUUCGGCGGCGCAGGCGUACCUGCUGCUGAAGCAUAAGGCACGGUACGAUAUCGCGGACGUUGAUGGGCGACGUCCGAUUGAUAUUGCGGUCGAGAAGGAGGAUGCCGACAUUGUGACGCUGCUACGGUUGACACUGCUGAACGAUGAGAUCGGUUCGGGUGAGGAUGGGGAAAGCUAUGCCGGUGGUGAUUCGACCUACGUAGCGGUUAUGAAUGAGUUUUCCCAUCUGGCUAGCAAUCAACCACAGCGGCUACAGCGUAACCGUCACCAGCAGCAGCAGCAGCAGCAACAGCAACGACAAGCACUCGUGACCACCGACGAUACCAAUCCGAUAGUAACCGAUCUAGAUGCACCCGAUACGGGCAGUGUGAUUAGCGAUCGAUAAAAAGGAAUCUCUCUAUUUUAUUCUCUCCUUUGUCGUUACGAACGCGAAGGAGCAGAAACAUUAAACUGAACGACAUUUACAGUCGAGCGAGUCGCUUUCCAUUGUUUGUAGAAGAGAAGCUUUACACAUUGCAAAAGAAGCAACAAUAGUAAGGAGGAGGAGAAAAAAAUAACAUCCACAAAUUCUACACCAUAGUCGAAAACCAAUUCCAUUUACAAUUUAGUGCAAAAGAAACACCCAUAUAAAGCAUGUUCUAUAGAUUUUGGGUGAAAGAUAAAAUGUAUUCUACUGUUGUAUUCGGUCAAAUAGUUUGAUCGGUAACAAACACGCCCGAUCUGGGUUGUAAGAGAGUGCGCCUUACGCAAAAAAACUGUAGAUUGUUGCCUUAUUUCCGUACCCUUUAACCGUAUGUAUUAGUGAUGGGUAAACUAUAAAUUUUGCGGGAGUCGGAUCGGUCCGGGGGGGUCGAGGACCGCGUCCUGCUAAAUGUAGAAAUUGUCCCGAACAAUUCACAAU